AUGGAUCCCAUCAAGUACAUCUUCGAAAAGGCCGCUCUCACUAGGAGGAUAGCUCGGUGGCAGGUUCUGUUGUCAGAAUUCGACAUUGUCUACACCACUCAAAAGGCGAUAAAGGGGAGCACCUUGGUAGAUUAUAUAGCUCAACAACCCAUAAGCGAUUAUCAGCCUAUGCAUCCAGAAUUUCCUGAUGAGGAUAUUAUGGCCUUGUUUGAAGAAGAGGUUGAAGAAGAGGACAGGGAUAAAUGGGUUGUGUGGUUUGACAGGGCGUCUAAUGCACUAGGCCAUGGGAUUGGGGUAGUAUUGGUUUCCCUGGACAAGCAAUAUAUACCUUUCAUGGCUAGGUUGUGUUUUGACUGCACAAACAAUAUAGCAGAGUAUGAGGCAUGCACCCUUGGGAUCCGAGCAGUGAUCGACUUUAGGGUCAAGUUACUCAAGGUAUACGAGGACUCAGCAUUGGUAAUUCAUUAG